CUGAAGUACACGGAAGAGAUGGGGAUCUGCUCCAUAAUGCUUACUUCAAAGAUCGGUGUCAAAUGGUGUUUCACAUCAGAGUAUCUGCGACAAGAAGUGCUGGAGUGAAUUAACAUGUCGCCAACGUUUUCCGCAGCCAUCGUGCUGUUAGCCGCUGCGUCGGCAACGCAAGUUAGCGAUGGUGGCAGUGGGCUGGAUACUUGUUUUUGCCAGUUGCAGGGAAAAGUGGAUGACUGUUCGUGCAGCAUAGACACUAUAGACAGCUUCAAUAACUACCAAGUGUACCCGAUCCUCAAGAGUUUACUGCAGAAGGAUUACUUCAGGUUCUUCAAGGUCAAUCUGAACCGACCGUGUCCCUUUUGGUCGGAUGACAGCCGUUGUGCCCUGAGGGAUUGCUCAGUGACGACAUGCAGUGAGGACAGCAUUCCACCAGGGCUCAAAGGGUACCAGGAGAAGUACUGGCCAAAUGACAGCAUUUCAAAGUACAGUAGAACUGCUCAAGAGGGAAACUCUUGCGAUGAGAAUCAUGAUGGCUUGGGCGCUGUCAACAACACUAUUAGUGAUGAAGACUAUGAGGAGUUUGAGCGAUGGCAGAGGCAUGAUGACUUGCAAGACAACUUCUGUGAAAUGGAUGAUGAGAAGUCUUCAGAUUUGAAAUACGUGGACUUAAGCCUGAAUCCAGAGCGCUACACAGGGUACAGUGGUGUGUCUGCACACAGAAUUUGGAGGAGUAUUUAUGAAGAGAAUUGCUUUAAGCCCAAUAUAGGCUAUGGUCCGUACACAACAUCCAAAAAUCUCAAUGCAAUGUGCUUGGAAAAACGGGUUUUCUACCGGGCCAUAUCAGGUCUGCACGCCAGCAUCAACAUUCACCUCUGUGCUGAACAUUUUACAAGAUCAGGAAAAUUUGGCCAUGGCAGUUGGGGUCCAAACCCCGAGGAAUUUCAGCGACGUUUUGGGCCUAAGGGAACUCGUGGAGAAGGCCCACUUUGGCUGAGGAAUCUCUACUUUGUCUACCUACUGGAAUUACGAGCACUGGCUCGAGCGGCUCCCUAUUUGGUUCAGGACCCUUUCUACACAAGCAACGAGGCUGAAGAAGUUCAGGCUGCUGUUAAGGCAUUGUUAGAAGUGGCCAAGCGAUUUCCAAGCCACUUCAAUGAUAGUGCAAUGUUCAAUGGUGGCAAGAGGGCCUUCGAGCUCAAGGAAGAGUUCAAGACCCAUUUUCGGAACAUCUCGAGGAUAAUGGACUGUGUCGGAUGUGAUAAGUGCCGUCUCUGGGGGAAACUACAGGUACAGGGCCUUGGGACUGCUUUUAAAAUACUCUUCACCAAGAAUUUUGGCCAACCAGACGCAACACGGAAGUUUCAGCUGACACGGACAGAGAUAGUGUCCCUUUUUAAUGCAUUUGGAAGGUUGUCAAACAGCAUUCACCAACUGAGCAACUUCCACCGUAUGCUGGAGCCACAGAAAAGAUAACAUGCAAAAAACAUGCUAUGCAGUCGCAGAAUUUUUAUGUACAGCAUUCGGAGCCUGGUGACUUGACUUGGUGACUUCGGGAAUAGUGCAGUAUGAAGAGGACACAAUUUUUACUACCAGACUUUUGGAAGCUUUUAUGACAGGACAGUAUCGUGUAUCAUGCACGAAUGUGUGUGUGUGUGUGCGCGCAAUGGUGUGAUUUGCAGAGAAGAUUUUUAUGACUGACACUCCUUGUGAUACGAAAGGUAUACUACUGCGAACUAUGACUGUGUACAUUGCAAAUGGAUGUAUAUGAUAAUUAAAGCACAAGAUUAUUGUUUUUGUUUAUCAGAA